AUGGGCAGUUGUGCCGACCGUUCUGGAAAACGCCAACGACCCACGCCAGCCUCCAAUACAGAUUCUUCUCCAGCCAGCCUUGAGCCUGCCUCCUUCGGCAAAGCACAAGCGGCCGGUCAAGAAAGCCGAUUUCACACCCUCGGAUCCGAUGCGCUUUCGGCA